AUGGACUACAAGGUGUACAAGCUGAGGGUCCGUGGCAGCUACAAUAACCUGUGCGCGAAGCUAGGGCAAGAGCUCAGACAACAGCUUUGCCAGCAGCACUUGCAGAGGAUCAGAUUGCAAGAAUCAGAAUCAGAUGAUGUACUGCAACAGCUCGUGGAAGAGCUCCAUGCGCAUUUAAGCCCUGUCCAGAUGCAAUUGUAUGACGUUUGUAGGGGCAUGAACUUUCAAAGCUUCUCAUGUACGCCUUCAUGGGCUCGCGGGGCUCAUAUUUUCGUGAACUCAGCCUUAGCCGGUGAGAUUGAAGAUGCCUUUGAGGGUGUGAAUUUAGGGAAGUCUGACGUUAUUGUGAGUCCUGAGCAUUUAGAACUCGUCCUAGAUGCCUUGGCCGAAGGCAGCGGUUGCCGCCAGUCUUGUGCAUAUGUGCAUGAGCCCUCCACCACGCAGCACUCGCUGGCAACCUUCUCAGCCUUUGAUGCGCAGAUGGCUCGUGAUUCUUUGAAUGCUCUGAAGGUGUUCCAAGAUUCGGCAGACAUAGACGAAGUCUUCGAGCGAACUGAUGCGCGGCCGAAUCUCAAGAGUUCUGCCACCUUUAAGGUGUACGUGUGUGAUCACCUAAAGCGAUGGCAGAGGGAGAUUCUCAUUCCAUAUUUAGCACUUGUACCUUUGGAAGCCAAAUUGGCAUCGAUGGAUGAUGAACACAACGAGUCCACACUGAAAGAUGUGUACAAAGAGCUGAAAAUGGUCACAUGGGAAGUCUCCAAUGCUGAGUCUUUGCGACUCUUUCUUAUGGCUGGCAAUCCACAUGAAGACACACCUGAUGCAUUGGUGGAGGCGUUUGAUGAGUCAAUGAACAUUUUGUCCACGAACAUUGCAGCAGCGAUCAAUUCAGACCUCAAGGGAAUGCUUAGAACGAAAUGGCGGCAGUGGAAAAAGAGCUAUGGAAAAUCCCAUGAUGCUGGUUGCCAUGCUGCUGCUGAAGAACUCAGGAAGGCUGUGUGUGAUGUCAUGGCUGCAGCAUGGUCCGCCAUUAACAUUGAAAGCAUGGCCAGCACUGCAUGGCAAAGGCAAAAUGAAGCUCACCGACAGCUCCAAAAGAGCACAGCGCAAGGCAAUGAAGAGACGGGUGCGGAUGCCAUGGCGAAUCAGAAAGACAAGAAGGGGCCGAAGGGGAAGUUCAAGAAGCAUCAGCGAGCAUUGGACCGGAAAGCUGCAAAGAUUAUGAACAGAGUUGGUGAGUCUUCUGUGUCCGUGGAGAACCUCUUCGUCUUCGAGUGCAGGACUCCAGGAGAGGCCCUCAACUACUACAAGGCACGCACUUCAGACGGCUGCCCAAGCUUGCAGUACCGGAUGCACGUGGGUCCUUGCGAGGCCGGAGUCAAGAACCGCACCGUGGCAAGUCACCAAAUGAACCAGGCCAGCAGCCGUUCCCACUCUGUCUUGACCUUGACGAUUGAGAGGAGGAGUGAUCAUUCUGUCGACCGCGUCUCCAAGUUGACAUUGGUCGACUUAGCAGGGUCAGAACGUCAAGCAAUCACUGGUGCCAGCGGCCGAACUCUUCAAGAAAGUGUUGGCAUCAACCAGUCCUUGUUUGUUCUGCGGAAAGUGAUCAUGUGCCUGGCCAAACGCAAGGGCAACAAGCUGCUGGUGCCGUACCGCGAAUCCAAGCUCACAAUCCUUUUGCGCGAUGCCAUUGGGGGGUCUGGCUACACCUUGAUGCUGGCCUGCCUCUCAAUUCUGGACUCAAACUUCGAGGAGAAUGUCUCCACACUCCAGUAUGCCUGUACAGCUGGCUCUAUACGCAACCGACCUGUUGUGAAUCUUGAUCCAACGACCUUGCUCAUUCGACAGCUGCGGCGCGAAGUCCAAUUUCUCAAAGGACAGCUAUCGUUGGCAGAGAACUACGUUCUCCGGGUGACGGGAAAGCCCAUUCCCAGAGAAGUUCUACAAGGUGACCUUACCCAUGUCCCAGAAUUUGUCUUUGAUGUUGGAGAGUCUUCCCAGCGUGUCCAGCAUCAGCAGAAUCGAACACCUCGUCGUGCGAACGAUGACGUCAAAGUGACUCCGAGCAAAAUGCCUCCCGCAGCAUCUCCGCCGCCUGAUAGUGUCGCACAUCCUGAGGACAAGGAGCGCUCCGAAACGCCUUCCACUCCACCGGACGCGUCUACGGCACCUGCGUCCGCGUCCGGAGCAGCGGAGCCGCGGCCCUGGGGCGGCCCCAGCGGAGAGAUCUGGGCGGAGCGACUCAGCGAGGCGGUGGCCGCGUUGCAGGUGGCCACCUCCGAGACCUGGCAGUGUCAAGGGCAAAGCUACUAG